AUGUAUAAUAAAUUUAAUGCUGAGGCAAAGUUAGAAGAAAAAAAAAAAGUUGGAGCACAAGAAAAAAAAGAAGAAGAACCUGACCAUUGUAAAGGGUUUAAAGAGAAGGAUGGAAAAUACAAAGAUGAAGCUUAUAAAUUAUGCCUCAGACUUGGACCAAGUUUAGAAUAUUUACACAAAGUAGUUGUUGGUGGAACUCGUAGAUAUAGUUGCAUACACUAUAAAUAUUGGAUGAGCUAUAAACUAUUGAACAUGUUUAAAAAGGUUUCCGAUAAUGAAUUUGACAAAUCUGUGCUUGAAAAAUUUUGGGAUGCACAAGAUAUUUUUGUUAAAAAGUAUAAUGAUUAUGGAUGUAGGUAUGAUUAUAAAAAAAUAGAUUUGAACGAUUUAAAAGAAAUGGAUGAAAAGAAAUAUUUGCAUGAUUAUUUUAGGAGUUAUAAUACUGUUAAAGAAUAUGUAAGUCGUAAACCCAGUAAAAAGGAAAUGUAUAAGAAAUACCUAGAACACAUUAAUAAACUAUAUGAGAAAUACAAAGAUAGGUGCUCUGAUGGUUUUAUAUAUUGGACAAGCGAUUGUCCCUUAUAUUUUAAACGUGGAGGUGAUUACGAUCCAAAAAAACUGUGCGCACAAUUAGACCCCCCAUGCUUAAAUAACGAUGGCGUCAAACAUAACAAGGGAAAAGAGGUUCUUGUUAAUACUCCCAAAAAAAAAAAAAUGACAUUUUAUUAUCUUAAAUGUAAUAAUGAAGAUAAUCAGGGUUAUAGGCGAUGUGCUUUAAUACCAUCAACAAUGGAGUAUACCGAGAAUGAAGAUGAAAGCAAAAGCAAUGAUGAAGAAGAGGAAGAAGAAAUUCCUGUGCCACCAGACCCGAGGAUAGCAUUAGGCGGUAUAUUAAAAACUAUGGAACAAACAACUGGCCGGGAAGCAGUACGAGCAGCAACUGACAGUCAUGGUAACCCCCAAAUAAGCCCAAGCGCUUCACGUAGCGAUCAAUAUAAUUCUCAAUAUUUAACCGAAGCAGAUGGUAUAUCACCUUACUUAGUACAGACAGAAGAUGGAAUUAAAUGGAGAAUAGAUGAUGAUGAAACAUUUGAUUGUAAUAGAUAUCCAUCACAGGAUGCUUAUGACUUAUGUAUACACUUAAAAGAUCUACAUCAAAAAGGAAAAAUUAAAUUAAAUCCCAAUCCUAGUGGUCGAAAAGCAAGAAGAAGGAAACCAUCACUCGAAGGAGGAAAUGGCUUAUCAGAUAUAGGAUCAUAUCAAACGGGUGAAGAAGACGGAUACUCUUCUAACACUUGGGAUGACAUGUAUUCUUUAUUAAAGACUAAGCAAUUCCGAACAGGAACAACAAUUGUUUUAAUUAUACUCCUCUUGGAUCCUUCUUUAGAGGUAAAAAAGGAGCGAGAAGAAAUAUUGAUCAUGAAUAUUUUGAAAGAAAAUCGGAAGAGCUACCUCGACGUAGUCAACAAUCGGUGA